AUGAGUUGUGUUGUGUUGUGUUGUGUUGCUUUCAGCUCAAAGCAGGGUGCAGCUACUAGGGUAUCCGAGGAUUUCAUGCCAAUGGAGCCAACAUUUCAGACCCUACAUGUUGCUGCUAGUGACCAUUACACAGCUGAGUUCCAUGCUGCAGCAAGGGCAUUGGGGGGAUGUCCAGUAUAUGUAAGUGACAAGCCAGGCAGCCAUAAUUUCAAUGUUCUUAAAAAGCUUGUACUGCCUGAUGGCUCUAUUCUAAGGGCUAGAUAUGCUGGCCGUCCUGCUCGGGACUGUUUAUUCAGUGAUCCAGUCCUAGAUGGGAAGAGUCCUAGAUGGGAAGAGUCUAUUGAAGAUUGGAAUUUAAACAAGUUCUCAGGAGUCAUUGGUGUGUUCAAUUGCCACAGAGCAGGCAAGUGGCCACCAACCGCCGGUGCUCCAUAUGAGCCUCUCUCAGAAUCGACACCACUGCCUCUUUCCGGCCUUGUCAGCCCCUUAGAUGUCGAUUUGCUUGAAGAGGUUACAAAUGAAAGUUGGAGAGGAGAGCGUGCAGUAUAUGCAUUCUAUUCAGGUUCACUUUCUGUGAUGCCAAAGAAAGAAAAUUUUGAAGUCCCCUUGGGUGUUUUAGAAUGUGAAGUUUUCACCAUAUCUCCUAUUAGGGUGUUUGGUCCCUAUAUUAAAUUAGCCCCAAUUGGGUUGCUUGAUAUGUACAACUCAGGAGGAGCCAUUGAAUCUCUACAUUGCAAAAAUGAACUUUCCGAAUGUGUCAUGAAGGUCCGAAUCCGAGGAUGUGGUUGA